UGCACAUGUGUAACGCAUUUGAAACUGUGCGUUACUUAACGUCGUCCAAAGCCCAGAACAAACUACUUGUCAGGUGACUAUCAACUUUCUUAUCGAAUCAACAACGAAUGAAACUCGUCAACUCAACAUGUAGUUGGAGCUUCAUCUGUUGACGCAUUUAAGAGAGUUGAAUCAACUGAAAGACCACUAUCACCAGGACUAAAACAACCCAUCCAGUCUUCUGUUUUUCCAAGCUGAAGCAGACUUUCAUCACUAAAUAAUACAGAUUUUGUUACAAUCGGUAUAUUAAUGACAACUAAUCAGUCUUCAUCUCAACCCCUUGGAGAGUCAAACAAAAGCCCAAGAAAGCAUUCUCAUGGUGGUCUUCCGACAUCUAGUUCAGCACCUCGUAGUCGUUUACCUGGUCAUAACCACUCGUCUCGUGAAUCAAUAGAUUCUAUCAAUCCCGAUCAGAUGCUUUAUUAUGGGGCGAAGCAGAUAAUCAGUUUAUUUAUACCAGUGACAGUUUGCAUGUUGUUUGUUGUCGCUGUCGCUUCGACAGUUGACUUUUAUGGACAUACGGAUCAGUACUUAUUGUAUACACCUUUUCAUACUCCAGAUGCAGAUAUUGGGACACAAACAUGGCAAACAAUAGCUAAUACUUUGAUAUUUAUGAGUGUGGUUGUCGUAAUGACAUGUGUCCUUGUUUUACUGUUCAAGUAUCAGUGUUAUAAGUUUAUUCGGGGUUGGAUAAUUAUAACGACCAUCUUCUUACUUUUCCUGAUAUCCUUCAUGUUUUUUGCUGAAGUUCUUCGAGCUAUGGGAGUAUUUGUUGAUUAUAUUACAGUAGCGUUUGCUUUAUGGAAUUUCGGUGUCGUGGGAAUGAUAGUUAUUCAUUGGCGUGGACCAUUAGUUCUACAACAAGCGUAUUUAAUAUUUAUAUCUGCACAGAUGUCAUUAAUGUUUUUAAAAUAUUUACCCAAAUGGACGUGUUGGCUUGUUUUAGCAGCGUUAAGUGUUUGGGAUAUAGUAGCUGUUUUGUGUCCAAAUGGACCAUUGCGAUUGCUUGUAGAAAUGGCUCAUGAACGACAACAACCUCUGUUCCCUGCCCUUCUAUAUUCAACUACUACAGUUUAUCUUGUUAAAAAACAUGAACCAGUUGAGAAAGUUGACAAUGAUCAACAAUUUGUUGGAUCCACUAUUACAAAUUCUGUUGAUACUCCAAAUGAAGCUUCAAAUAUUAAUUGUACUACACAAUCUUGUUCUACUACAUCUGAGUUGGUAGUUUCAGAUAAUGAUAACCCGCCAAUGACAAGGAAUUCAAGAAACAUGUUAAAUAUUCCUAAUAAUACGUCCGGAACUGAUGUAAUUGUAGUUGAUACUCCUGAUGACAAUACGAGUAAUAAUGAUGCCAAGAGUAAUAAUGAAACUAUAUCACAGGCACCUCAUGAAACAGAUACACUUGUAGCAGGUCGGCUUAAUCGUUGGCAAGAUCUGCAAGUAUGUUGCUUUUUUAUACAUCAGUUUAUUGUAAUUAUUACCACGUAACAUGUUUACAUCGGUCAAUAUCCUUACAUUGAUUAAAAUCGUCGUCUUGUUUUUUAGUGAUAGUCGAAAUCAUUUUAUAUGGAUUGACUAAUACAGUAUUUGCUAUUUGUCAACCUUCUUCUAUAACUUAACAAAAAGCAGAGUAUGGUAGUGAACGAAGACUGGAUGGGGAAAACCAAUUUAUUUUUUAGUGCUAAAUUACACAACACCUUAGUAAAAUAUGGGAAUCGUACAUUAAAUACAUUCUUUGCGUUGUUCUUCGCCUACUUCAUUAUUCCUUAGAUUGUGUUAUUAUUUUGAUUGCUCUCCGAUUUCCUUUCUGUUCUCUUCAAUUCAAUCUUCUGCUGCUAGGCAUUCCACUUCGGAUUGCGGCUACAUACUACUUAUAUCUGUGAGCGUAAGUAACAUCCACCACGUGCAGCCGUUUCAGUCUGCCUAUUGAUCACAUCACACUGCGUAGCCGAUAUAUGCUUACGCAAUUAAUAUAUCUGUAUUUGUUCUCGUCGUAUAUUUUCAUAAAAAUUCAAAAUCUUAUUCAGCACAACUAUUGGAAAACUUCACAUAAAUGUGCAGUGAUCCACAAUGCUACACCAUUCAGUAUAUAAUAUGUUGAAUAUUCAUGAUACAAAUGACAGGCAGAUUUAAUUGAUCGUGACUCAAAGGGCGUAAAACUUGGUUUAGGCGAUUUUGUAUUUUAUAGUUUAUUGAUUGGUCGCGCAACACUUGAUGGCGAUGCAGUCACAGUGGUCACAUGUUAUGUGGCUAUACUAGUUGGAAUGUGUAUUACUGUCAUAGUAUUGGGAAUUACACGACAAGCAUUACCAGCUUUACCAAUAUCCAUAACAUGUGGUAUAUUAUUUUAUUUUGUCAGUUCAGCAACAAUAUCACCGUUUCUUGAAGCAACAGCAGUUGAACGUGUGUUCUUCUGAAAUGAUCUAUUAUUAUUAUUGUUAUUAUUAUUAUAAUUAUUGCCACCACAGCUGUUAUUAUGAUUGUUUUUUCUUGUUUUUAUACAAUCUUCAAUGUUACCGUUGACUUGGAAUACUCAUUGAUGAUUUAUCACCUGUCAUUUUUAUGUUUAAUAUCCAACUUUUAAUUGUGAAUUUUAGAUCCAAAAUUAUAAUUAUAAAUUUUCAAAGAAUUUUUAUUCAAUAAUACAAGUAUUUUAAGAUAAAAACAUGUCUUGGAAAUUCUACUAAUAUAUAGUCAAAUUUAAUAAUGGUGUUGUAUUCCAGCGAUUUUUAUGAUCAAUUGUAAAUCAACGAAUCAUAAGCGAAAAUAACAUUUCAUUCACCUUAGUUUUAUUGCAUGGAUAUACAAUAUAAUCUAAUUAUAGUAAAUUAUGUGAAG